AUGGACCAGAGUACCAAGAGACGCAAGCUCUCUAAUGGCAGCUACGAAGCCGUCGCCAUAGAGGCUUACCACGCGACCCCAGAAACAAAUGCCAGCUCCAAGGAUCAGAGACGGUCGCUCUUCGUCCGCUCUCUACCAGCUUCCGUGACAACGGAGCGACUCACAGAAUACUUCUCGCAGUCUUUUCCUCUCAAGCAUGCCACGGUCGUUCUAGACUCUCAGACAAAGAUUUCCCGAGGCUUUGGCUUCGUCACUUUUGCCGAUGCGGAGGACGCGCAGGCUGCUGUUGCACAGUUCAACAAUUCAGUGCUGGACGGGAGGAAGAUCAAGGUUGAGCUGGCCGAGGCGAGACAUCGAGAUGCAGACCUUGGUGGAAAGACCAGAAUCAAUACCACGGCUGUACAACUUCGAGCACAGCGGCAAAAGAACCAAACAGAGACCCAAGCCCCGAAGUUGAUUGUGAGAAAUUUGCCAUGGAGUAUCAAGACAUCUGAGGAUCUCUCCAUGUUAUUCCGAAGUUAUGGGAAGGUUAAGCAUGCGGUUGUCCCAAAGAAGGGACCCAAGGAGCAGUACGGCUUCGGAAUUGUAGUGCUUAGGGGCAAAAAGAACGCUGAGAGGGCGCUUGCAGGAGUCAAUGGUAAAGAGGUUGAUGGGCGCACGCUAGCCGUUGACUGGGCUGUCGACAAGGAGACAUGGGAAGAGCUGCAACAUAGCAAUCCAGAGAAUGAACAACCAGCCCAGGACGAGAGUGAUGCCAGAACCGGCGGCAGCGUGGACGAGGGUGCAAAUUCCGACGGGGCAGCAGUCGAUGAAGAUGUCGACCAAGCUAGUGACUCGGUCGGAGAUUCAGAACAAGAGUCACUUGACGAGCUCGGUGCUGAAAACGACGAAGACGACAUGGAAUCCGAAACAGAAAGCACUACACCCGACCCCCACGACAACAAAAAUGAUACUUCUGUGUUCGUGAGAAAUUUACCCUUCACAACUGACGACGACCUCCUUCGAGAACACUUUUCCGCUUUUGGUCCGAUUCGAUAUGCACGAGUUGUUUAUGACCCAGAGACUGAGCGGUCUAAAGGCACAGGGUUUGUCUGCUUUUUCAACAUCGACGACGCAAAAGCCUGCGUCAAGGGUGCCCCGAAGCACGAAAUGCCAUCCGAACCUGCAACCAAUAAUAAGAAGAGACGAGGAGAAAGUUUGAGGCAUUCAAUCCUUGAAAACGAAGCGGCGGACGCGUCAGGCCGCUAUACCCUCGAGGGUCGUGUUCUCCAAGUCUCUCGAGCCCUAAGCAGGGAUGACGCGGAACGCCGAGCAAGCGAAGCGAGUGCAAAAAGGGACAUCAGAGAUCGAGACAAACGACGCUUGUAUCUGCUUUCGGAAGGUUCCAUCCCAAAAGGAUCAAAGCUUCACGAGCAGCUAGGCAAGGCAGAGAUCGAUAUGAGAGAGAGUAGUGCUCGCCAACGGCAGCGACUCAUCAAAAGCAAUCCGAACCUCUGUCUCAGUCUGACCCGACUAAGUGUUAGAAAUCUUCCUCGGGGUAUCGGCAGCAAGGAGUUGAAGGCAUUGGCCCGCGAGGCCGUGGUUGGGUUCGCCAAGGACGUCAAGGCUGGCCGUCGACAGCCUCUCGACAAGGAAGAGCUCCGCAGAGGAGGUAGCGAGAUGCAAGAAGCUGAACGCAGACGCAAGCUGUCUGGCAAAGGGAUCGUCAAGCAGACUAAAGUUGUGUUUGAAGACAAAGAAGGAAGUAAAGUCAAGGAAGGGGCCGGUCGAAGUCGAGGCUACGGCUUCAUUGAAUAUGUCAGCCAUCGGAAUGCUCUCGCCGGGCUGCGCUGGCUCAACGGGCACAUGGUCAAGCCCGUGAACGCUGGUGCUGAAAAGGGGAAGCGCCUGAUUGUCGAGUUUGCCAUUGAAAAUGCCCAGGUUAUCCAGCGGAGGAGUGAAAGAGAGCGAAAGGCCAGAGAAGGUGGCAGGACCAAGGCAAAGGACAGCAAGCAAGACAUGUCAGAUAAUAGCGGUAAAGUCGACAAGAAGCGGAAGCGCAGUGACAGGAAUGAGGGUACGUCGGCUUCAAAGGCCUCGAAAGGCCUGGAGCCGCUGGAGCCGCUGGAGCCGGAGGAGAAGAACCGCAUUGCAAAAAGGAAUCGAAUCAUUGCAAAAAAACGUCAGGCUAGGAAAGUCCGGAAAGGGUGA